GGAAUAGAUACAUGAAUGGUCUUGGUCCUGGGCAGGGGAGGUAAACAAACUACUUUAAAACGAGAAUCAGCCAGUGCCUCACAGGUGUUCAAAGAGGAAGGAUGUCUACAGCAGGUCGCUCCCGGGCCCUUCAUCUCCUCAAGUCCAUAUCCUCGGCCACAUGCCAGUGUCCCGCCCACUCUGCUGGUUGGUCACAUCCACACCCACACUCAACCACAGCCACCAAGACAACCGACUAUGCCUUUGAGAUGGCAUGCAGCACCGUCCGCUAUGGGCCUCGAGUCACUCAGGAGGUGGGUCAAGACGUGGGCGUUCUGGGCGCUAAGCGGGUCCUCGUCAUGACCGACCCCACACUGGCUAAGAUGACCCCCCUGUCGGCCGUCCUGGACUCACUCUCUCGGCACAAGGUGGACUACGAGGUCUAUGAUACAGUGAGAGUGGAGCCUACUGAUACAAGUUUCAAGGCGGCCAUAGAUUUUGCCAAGGCAGGUAAUUUCGAUGCCUACAUUGCUGUCGGUGGCGGCUCGGUCAUCGACACUUGCAAAGCCGCCAACCUCUAUGCUUCAGACCCAACGGCGGAUUUCCUCGAUUACGUCAACCCGCCCAUCGGAAAGGGAAAGCCUGUUACCGUGAAGCUGGCCCCCCUCAUAGCUGUUCCCACGACAGCCGGCACAGGGAGCGAGACCACAGGUGUCGCUAUCUUCGACUACGAGCCCCUGAAAGCCAAGACAGGGAUUGCCAACAGGGCGCUGAGACCAACAUUGGGUAUUAUUGACCCGCUCCAUACCCUCCUGAUGCCCGAGCGAGUGACGGCCUAUAGUGGGUUUGACGUCCUAUGCCAUGCCCUGGAGUCCUUCACAGCCAUCCCCUACCAGCAGAGGUCACCCCGCCCCGAGCACCCCCUCCUGCGCCCCGCCUACCAGGGGUCAAACCCAAUAUCUGACGUCUGGGCGCGACACGCUCUGGGAAUUAUCAGAAAGUACUUCAAGAGGUCAGUGUACAACAACGACGACGUAGAGGCGCGCUCCCAGAUGCACCUGGCGAGCACCUUUGCCGGGGUUGGGUUCGGCAACGCUGGGGUGCACCUCUGCCACGGCCUGUCCUACCCCAUAGCUGGCGGCGUGCGGGACUACAAGCCGGCAGAGUACCAGUGCCCCCAUGCGCUAAUCCCCCAUGGGCUGUCGGUGGUGAUGACGGCCCCAGCGGUCUUCACCUUCACGGCCCCAAUGUGCCCCGAACGCCACCUUGAGGCCGCCACACUGCUGGGCCGAGACACAACCAACGUCAGGAAGGAGGACGCCGGUCUGGUCUUGGCGGAGGUCUUGCGCGAAUACAUGCAGGAAAUGAAGGUGGAUGACGGAUUGAACGCGCUGGGCUUCACCUCGGAUGAUAUACCUGCGCUCGUCAAGGGGACACUGCCACAGCAUCGGGUGACCAAGCUUGCCCCGAGGGAACAGAGCGAGGAGGACCUGGCCGGCCUAUUCAAAAAUUCCCUCAAGGUCUACUAAUUAACAGUGCCAAGCCAGAGACAGGAAUGCCUAAGGUGUGUUGAGAGAGAGAGAGAGAGAGAGAGAGAGAGAGAGAGAGAGAGAGAGAGAGAGAGAGAGAGAGAGAGAGAGAGAGAGAGAGAGAGAGAGAGAUUAUAAUGGGAAGAGAAUGAAAGAAUUGAGAGAAUGAGAAAGAGAAGAUUUGCUGAGAGAUUAACAGAGAGAGAGAGAGAGAGAGAGAGAGAGAGAGAGAGAGAGAGAGAGAGAGAGAGAGAGAGAGAGAGAGAGAGAGAGAGAGAGAGAGAGAGAGAGAGAGAGAGAGAGAGA